CUCAAGUCUCAUAGGGCAAAUGAAGUGGGGCCCUCUCUCCCCGCCCAGUAAGAAAAGCCCAUCAGUUCGAGUGUUUCCAGAUCUUCCCCAGAAACCACCUCCACACGCCAGCUUUCACGCUGCCAUGUUAAGCGUCUUCAUCAUUUUCGUCGACUUUGCUAUGAACAUGUAUUCUGCUAAACCAUCCUCUGUAGAUGUCGGCUGACUGAUGCUCGCUCUUCGUUUCGUGAAUUAGCCACCCGGAGAGAAUUUCUUCCCUACGCUUCCCGCCACAGUAACCUGUGCGAUGGAGCCCCAGGUAGAGAAGCCCAAGAGGGCGCCUCGCAAACAUGUCACCACGGCAUGUGUUCCUUGUCGGGAGAGCAAGAUCAGGUGUGACGGAGCUACUCCGCAUUGCCAUAAUUGUGAGCGGAAAGGCAAAGAUUGUAGAUAUCAACAUGGCGACGACAAACGGAAAGUGUCUCUACGUGCUGCCACGGAGCUAUUUUCCGCUAGAAUAGAUCAACUGUGCCAGUUUAUUUACGACCAGGGGCUGGAACCGCCCCCAAUGAGACCCGAGGAUGAGUCGGGCAUUAAUAGAGUUUUGGAUACGCUACAAAUCCCUCGCGGACUGGCGAAGAGAAGAGAACCCAGUGUGACAAAUGAGUUAGCCUUCCCACAAAAAGCUGUUGCGCAUUCUCCGGCCCACGGCAGCCCUCAAGCCAACCCGCCCCUCGAUGGGAAGUUGGAUGCAAGUGAGCGUCCCCUGGAGGUUCCUUCGCCGCCACAAAAUGCAUUCUCUAACCAGACGGUUGUUUCAUCGGCCCCGAAAGGCCGAGAAACAGUGAAUUCUCUCGGGGUUAGUGCUGGUCUUUCCAGCCACUAUGUUCCUGCAAAUUGGGGGUUUACACUUCCAACGGCGGAAAGUCUGGACACUAUUUACGCCAACUUAAAUGAUGGCACCAAUGUUUCUCAGGAUAAUAGCCUUAGCCCGGACAGCCUUCAGUUGACUCCAGAUAUGCAGCAGCAGCCAGGAGCACUGCUCAGACAAGCGCGGUACGACAGGGAUUAUGAAUCAGAGAGCGGCGAGGAAGAUGAGGCAGAAAAGGAUGUUAUCGAGCAAAUUUCACAUCGCAUCGGCACGCUAAAAAUUGCGGGUGAUGGCCACCUUCGCUUUUAUGGGGCGACCUCAAAUCUCAAUUUAGUGGAUGUUUCUGCGACCCAGCAACGUCAACGUCCUGAUGCACGAACAGUCCGCCAUGAUGGACAGGACAUUUUAAAUCAUUUGCGGGUUGGGCAGCCCGUCAACCAAGCGCUUGAAGACCAUCUUGUGGAGCUCUAUUUUACUUGGCAGAACACGAGCACGUACGUGGUCGACAAGGAUAUGUAUAUGAUUGCUAGAUCAAAGUGGAGGAAUGAGUACGAUGACACGCCAUUCUAUUCGGAAGUGCUUACAAAUGCAAUGUGUGCUAUUGGAAGUGCGUUUGAGGCGAGGUAUCACCCGACCUUUAUUACUUUCCCAAAGUCGUUGUCGGAGUUUUUUGCGGACAGGGCGAAAGCUCUUCUAGAAAUUGAGCUGGACUCCCCUUGUGUGGCUACAGUACAGGCGCUUGUGAUAUUGAGUUCCCACGAAGGAUCCGCGAAUCGAGACGCCCGUGGAUGGCUUUAUAGCGGGAUGUCCACGAGGCUCGCGUUUGACCUCGGCCUGCACAUUGACAUGACACCUUAUGUUGAGAAAGGAGAGAUAGGAGCAUUUGAAGCUGAUGUGCGGCGAAUAGCAUUUUGGGGAAGCUACACCGCCGAUCACUUUUGGGGCUUCUACCUGGGAAGACCAUUCCGGAUGAACGCAGGAGACAUCACCGUUCCGAAACCCGCAUCUGAUCUAGGCGCAGAGAAAGAAGGUAUAUGGUAUCCUUACGGACUUCCAACGAAACAGGACGCCCUGAAGCACGGCAUAAGGAACCCAAAUGAACUGAUCAGUAGACAAUUUGCCGUUCUUUGGGAAAUAAUCUCACCUGCGGGCCAUAUCUUGUACGGUUGUUCUGAUAUUCCUCGGCACGAUCUUCAAAGGCUGUGCCAUAGGGUCACAGAUGACCUGUUUGCGUGGAAAGCGAAUCUGCCUUCUAUUCUAAACCUUAACCUUGAAAAUGAUACUAUUCCUCAACUUCCUCAUCUCCUCAUGCUACAUAUGCAAUACCACCAGAUCGUCAUUUUCACGCACAGGCCUUGGGUUUCAAAAAGUUACAUCCAGCCGCGCAGUCCUCGCCAGGGGCCGGGCUAUCAUCAUGCCCGGAGAAUGUGCAUUGAGUCCUCGAUAGCAAUUGCACGGUUGCUCCAUAUCUACGAGAAAUUCUAUACUUUCCGUCGCAUGAACAACCAAGUCGUUGCCAUCAUAUUUAGCGCGGCCUUGAUGCUCCUUUAUGUCACCAUCUCUAACACUCCCCACCCCAGCAAAAGUCCGAGCGACAACAGCAACAGCAAUGCGGAAAUGGUUGCCUACUUGAACCUUUGCUUCCGAGCAUUAGACGAACUGGGCCAAUCAUUCGAGAAUGCUAAACGGACCCGUGACUUCCUGGUUAGCCUGCAGCGAAGGUGGCAGGCCCACAUGCGCAGGUCGGGUUCAGCUCUGAAGCGCCAAAUAAGCAAUCAGCCAUCAUUGCAGCAACUAGCGAGUCUUGGCUCGGAUGCAGAUGCUUCAAGGAAGAAGACACGAAUCACUGCCCCAAAUAACCAUAUUACCUAUCCAGCCUCUAUUACUCCAACGUCUCAGCCUACUUUUUCCGUUCCUAAUCAGCCCCAACCACAACUCCCGGGGCAACAGUCUUUAGAUCCGACUCAACUGGGGGUGCCUGGAGAAUUUGACUGGAUUCGUAACUCAGAUCUGCAGUUGCUUUCUGGUACUUUUGGGGACAACGGUUUCUCCCAGAUGAGUAAUGUGAAUGCAUUCGGGGAAGAGCCUGCACUGCCCAAUCUUUCCGACAUUGAGCCUUGGUGGGACUCGCCGAAUGGGAAUAAUGCCUUUGGAGGGCCUUCUUUAUAGACUUAUACAAUAGAGAGAAUAAUAUUUGUUAACAA